ACACCUAUCUAUGGUCUUGUAACCUUCACAACAUCUAACGUACAUUAACAUAACCAACAGAAAAGUACAAUAUUCGAAAAUUUUGUGCAAUAAGAAAUAAAAAUACAAAAUGAUGAACACAUCACUCAAAACCUUAAACCAGAUCUCCGAUUUCUUAAAGAUUCCAGUUAAGAAUAUUCACAUAAACGAAAAAGAGCUGCUUACCUGUACAAUAGACAAAAAACCAGUGUGUGGAUUCAUUAAUAUUGUUUCAGAAUUACUGCGAAAAUCUUCAGUAUUAAAUUAUAAUGGCAAUAUAGAAAUAUAUCAGUGGCUAGAAUAUGCAUUAGUAUAUGCCUCUAAGGUAGACUGUGCUACUAAUUCACGACAAAUUUUGGAUGAAUUAAACGAAAUCUUAGCCAACAGAACUUAUUUAGUAUUGAACAUAUUAACUGUAGCAGAUGUUACAUUGUUCUACUUUCUUCACAACACAAUGGCUCAUCUUUCUAAUGUAGAAAAAGAAAAGUAUAUAAAUGUUUGUAGAUGGUUUGAUAAUUUACAACAAAAUCAAUGUCUGACAAAUAGAAAAGAACUUGUGCAAUUUAACACCAAUUAUCUUUCUUUAUUUGUACCACUAAAACACUUAUAAAUAUUAUUUAUUUAAUACAA